CUCUAGAGUCAAGAGCGAGAGGAUCUUAGAAUCUGCGGGAUGAAGAAGGUUUGAGCUUUAUAGCUUCGUCAUUGAUCGUUCUCGGUAUCCUUAUUCUUUCCUCUGGGUCGCCGUAAUCAGCGAUUCGCAUUGUUCUGGAAGAUCCGAGAGUCAUGGAUGAGGUUGCCGCCACAUCGGCAUCGGUGAUGCGCACUUCAACGUCUUUACCGUCGUCUUCUUCAGCGUAUUCAUCAGUAUUUACUAAUUACCCCCUCAUUUCUGCUUUCGUUGCUUUCGCCAUUGCCCAAUCCACCAAAUUCUUCACAUCAUGGUACAAGGAAAGAAGAUGGGAUUUUAAGCAACUUCUUGGUUCUGGUGGAAUGCCAUCAUCUCAUUCAGCAACUGUAACCGCUCUUGCUGCAGCUAUUGGGUUUCAAGAGGGGUUUGGAGGACCUCUGUUCGCUACUGCAUUGAUCCUAGCUUGUAUUGUAAUGUAUGAUGCUACUGGUGUGAGAUUGCAAGCUGGUCGCCAAGCGGAGGUUUUGAAUCAAAUUGUAUAUGAACUUCCUGCUGAACAUCCUCUAGCUGAAAUCAGACCACUUCGUGAACUUCUUGGGCAUACCCCUCCUCAGGUCAUGGUUGCUGGUAUGUUACUUGGAAUCCUUACAGCAGCUAUUGGCCAUCUACUGACCAUGAUCAAAUAAUGGCGAUGCUUCUUACGGUUGAAUUAUGGUUAAUUUCUGUUCAUACCAUAGCACAGAAAUUUAAACUACCAUUAUGCGGUCUUACACUUAACCCCAGAAAUAUAGCACUCUUGCUGUUAGUGCUCGUUCUAAAGGUGCCUUCAGUGUUCUUCGUGCACUUGACCUUGCUCAUCUCAGAAGUAGAAUUAAAAAAGUGUAUCUGAUCUGAUUGGAUUAGUUUAUGUAACGGAACUAACUGUCCAAACAUAUUAUUCUUUCCACCGAGAUGAGAUGGCUUUUAAGUAAA